AAAUGAAUGAUGCUGUUGCCCCUGGCCAAGGUCCGACAGCCUUGAACUCCACACAGUAAUACAAUAUUUAAGGACCAUGAUGAAAAGCACUGAGAAUGUGCGACUAGCCGAGGAAGGGGAACUCCCGCCCGUUGCCGUGAAACUGAAUAUCUGGCACAAGAUACUUUUCUAUUUAGUGGGUCUCACUGCGGCCUUGACCAUUUGCCUGUUGAUCCGAUUAUCCAACAAGCUGGCAGCCGAUGCCCAACGAAAGGCGAUGAUGCACUUUAAAGAGAUCUCGAAUCGCAUCGGCCACCGCUUCGACAAUUAACGACGAUCAGUCUCGAUCAGACACCCACAUAUUUAUAUUUGCUAAAAGUAACAAUUCGCCCACAUAGAACUCCAGCUACGUAAGAUAAAAAACGUGAACAAGUCAUCCAUGUGCGAACUAAACAAGCCGCAAUUACCAGAGUCGUGGACCUCCACGGAGCUAUCCACAGAGUGAUGAACGCAUUAUUCAAGAAAUAUUCACGAAUACUUUUGCAUUAAUCAAGAUAAUCAACUU